AUGUCGACACCGACGAGGACGAGGACGAGGACGCGGUCGAUCUGCACGGCGGUGACGGAGCAGGGCUCGCACUCGUUCGAAAUCUCCGGGUACAGCCUGCACAGGGGCAGCCACAUCACGUCCGGCACCUUCUCCGUCGGCGGCCACGACUGGGCCCAAGGGGGCCAAGGUCCGGGCCACCUGCGGCCUGAGCCUGGUCCACCAGACCACCGGGCUGCCGUCGCCGACGGGACGCCGGAGCCGAGGGAGUUCAGCUACGGCGACCCCAGCAUGAACUUCCCGCACUCCGGCUUCAUGCGCCGCGCCGAGCUCGAGGACUCCCCGUUACUCCGGGACGACCGCCUUACCAUCCAAUGCGACGUCACGGUGAUAAAAGAACCCCUGGUGCUCACGAACAUGUUCUCGAACGAGAUCACCGUGCCACCACCCAACAUCACCGAGCAUCUCGGCAGGUUGCUGGAGACGGGGGUGGGUGCAGACGUCACCUUCAUCGUGGAUGGGGAGAUACUCGCGGCGCACAAGCUCGUGCUCGCGACGCGGUCGCCUGUGUUCAUGGCGGAGUUCUUGGGGCCGAUGAAGGAGGCGAAGGAGACACACGUCGCCAUCGAGGACAUGCGAUCCGAUGCCUUUAGGGCCCUCCCCCUCCUGCAUUUCAUCUACACUGACUCUCUACCUGAUACUGAUGAUGCUCGAGGUGAUGCUGGCACCGAACUGAUCCAGCAUUUGCUUGUUGCUGCAGAUAGGUAUGAUGUGGACAGGUUGAAGCUCAUGUGCGAGAGCAUGCUCCGCGACGGUCUUGAUGUGUGGAACGUGGCAGAGGUACUUGGUAUCUUGGCAGAAGCAUUUGAGUUCAAGACAAGCAGGUUGCGUAAAAAGUGA